CAAAGAAAGAUGUUGAAGUGGACAUGCUCAAAGUCGCCCAUUAGCCCACAAGUAUCUGCCGGCACCACAAUCGAAUUCGCUCCAGAGGAUCGACAUCGUCCAGAGACCAUGACCAAGUCCCCGCCACUGUCGCCGUCACAGAAGGAAUAUGAUCACCCCUACGCCAUCGAAGUCGAUUCCCCGGCGAGACCGGCAGACAAUGAAACCAUGACCAAGUCCCCGACACUUUCGCCAACUUACAAGGAGGAUGACCAUCCUUACGCUAUCGAAGUCGAUCCCCCCGUGACACCAACGGGGUAUCAUCACGGAUCCCCGCGUGCUCGAGACAAUGGCGUUGGCAACAUCAAGAUCGGAGGAUGGGAGACGACCUUGUGCUGUGGCUGCUUCAAGCACUGCGUACCCAACUGCUGCAUGGUCACCUUCUGCCCGUGUGUGACGCACGCGCAGAUCACAGCUCGCCUGGGGAUGGCGUCGUAUUGGUGCGCGCUCGCCACACUGUUCACUCUCGUGCUGCUGACCGGCGGCACAGUGCAUGUGAUCCUAUUCAUCUGGAUCUGGAAGGCGCGUGCGCUAACUCGUGAGCGCUUCCAAAUCCCAGGUGGAUGCUGUCGAGACUGCUGCGCCUCCCUCUUCUGUCCAUGCUGCACGCUGGCUCAGAUCGCAACGCACAUCAAGAGCUACCAGCCUGGAAGCUGCGACUUCGGACCACCAGACACUUUACCGCCCUAUUCGAGCACGUAGGCUCGAAAGGUAGAACGAAUACAUUUAAAUCUUCGACUAAAAGCAAGAAAAUACAUUGUCGAAUGCUUUCCACA